CUUGGUCUGAAGGUUGAGGUUUUUUAAUGCUAUUUUUCUCAGUGACAUUAAAAAUGAAAAAGAAAAGCUUCUCUUUCUUUCUUCUCUUCUCUCUUUUUAUGAGUUUCAGUACUUGUUUCACAACAGCUCAAGAUUGCAGUCCCAAGAACCCAGACUUGUUUCAUGUUGGUGUGGUUCUUAAUUUAGAUUCAGUGAUUGGAAAGGUUGCAGAAAGAUGCAUAUCCAUGGCACUCUCUGAUUUCUAUGCAGUUCAUCAUCCUUACAACAACUCAAAGAUUGUGCUUCAUGUGAGAGAUUCAAGAGGAGAUGCUGUUAUUGCCGCGUCUGCAGCGCUGGAUUUGAUUAAAAAUGUUGGAGUACAGGCAAUUAUUGGACCUCAAACAUCCGCAGAAGCAGAGUUCUUGGCUAAAAUGGGGAGUAUAGCUCAUGUACCCAUCAUAUCUUUCUCUGCUAUUAGCUCUUCUCUUUCUCCCACUCGGUUCCCUUACUUCAUACAAUUUGCUCAAAAUGAUUCAUCUCAAGUUAAAGCCAUUGCUGCUGUUCUCAAAGCUUAUGAAUACAAAGAAGUAUAUCUUAUCCAUGAUGACAGCAAUAGAGGAACCGCAGUAGUACCAUACCUUAUUGAUGGCCUUCAAGAAAUUGGCGCUCAUGUGCAUCGCCGAAUUGUGCUUCCUGAAGGAAUAAAAGGGACAGCGAUUGAGGAUAUUUUGCGAGAAUUAGGACAUACAAGCACAGGAGGAGUCUUCAUUGUUCAUCUAUCUUUGUCCCUUGGUAACAGCUUUUUCUUACAUGUCAAGGAGAUGGGGAUGACGAAAUCAGGUUAUAAAUGGAUUAUAAUGAGUGGACUCACAGAUUUCAUGAGCUAUAUGGAGCCUUCUGUGCUCAGUUCCAUGAAAGAUGUUGUAGGUAUUAAAACUCAUGUGCCAUUAUCCGGACCACAUCGAAGGUUUAUGGCUAAGUGGAGGAAACAAUUUGGAAAAGAAGACUCAAAGGAGGGAUUGAAGCUCAAUGUAUAUGGGCUAUGGGCAUAUGAUGCAACAUUUGUAACUGCAAAGGCAGUUAAUAGAGCUAUUUUGUGCUUAAGAAGAAAGCCACCAUGUCCGGAAAUAGCAGAUAACUCAUCAUCAUCAUCAAGAGAUUUUUUUAACAUGAGUGUCUCACAGAUGGGUUCAGAAGUGCUGAAACAUAUGAAAGAAACUAGAUACACAACUGGUGUAAGUGGUUAUGUUCAUUUGGUGAAUGGUGAGUUACAAUCUUCAAGCUUUGAGAUAGUUAAUGUGAAAGAGAAAAGUCAGAAAAUUGGGUAUUGGAAUCCAAAGGAUGGUCUCUUUUGGAGUAUGAGUAGUUCAAUUAAUGUCAAAGAGGACCAUCAAGUUGUACAAAGACCCAGAUCAGUACUAGAUGCUACUUCAAGUAACAAUGUAUUGAGAAUUGGGGUACCUAUUAAGAUAGCAUUUCCUCAAUUCAUCAACAUCAGUCGCAGUUACAGUAAUGAUAAGAAGCCAAUUGUGACUGGUUUCUCAUAUGAGGUCUUUAUGAAUGUUAUGAAAAAUUUACAAUACACAGGCACUUACGAAUUUUUUCCAUAUGAGAAUGAGAAUGGUGAGCCUAAAGGAGACAACAACGAACUAAUACAACAAGUACAUGACAAGGUAUAUGAUGCAGUUGUUGGAGAUAUAACAAUCUUGGCAAAUAGAUCAAAAUAUGUAGGCUUCACUCAACCAUAUACAGUCUCUGGAGUUCGCAUGGUUGUGCCUAUAAAGAAAGAUGACAAUGGGAGUUCAUGGUGGUUCAUGAAGCCAUUAACAACAGAACUAUGGCUGACCACAAUUUUAAUAAUUGUCUUAAAGGGGUUUCUGGUUUGGAUCUUUGAGCGUAAGGAAAACCCUGAAUUCCAAGGCACAACUUCAGAGGUGGUGGGGAAGGUCUUGUCACAAUCUUUCUCUAUAUAUGUUUUUGCAAAUCAGGAGAAGCUUCAAAGCAACUAUUCUAGAUUCAUUUUGGGCUUGUGGACUUUUGCUGUGUUUAUACUUGUGAGCAGUUACACAGCAAAUUUAACUUCUAUUUUAACUGUUGAGAAAUUAGAACCAACUGUGACAAAUUUGGACACUAUUUAUAAAGAUGGAAAGAAUGUUGGAUAUCAAGAUGGGUCUUUUGUGUUUGAACUUCUCAAGAGCAGGGGAUUUAAUGAAUCAAGGCUCAGGAAGCUUUCUUCACUAAAGGAAUAUGCAAAUGCUCUAGCAAAUGGAAGUAUUUCUGCAUUUGUUGAUGAGAUCCCAUACAUUAAUGUCUUCCUUUCCAAGUAUUGUGGUCAAUUCACUGUUGCUGGACCAACAUACAGAACAGGAGGCUUUGGCUUUGUGUUCAGAAAAGAUAAUCCGAUGCUAGAGAAGAUUUCCGAAGCUGUCCUUAACUUUACAGAAGGAGACCAUAUGAAUAUGAUUGAAAAGAAAUGGUUUGGGAAUGAAGCAUGUGCUGAGCCUCUUGCAUCUACUGUAACAUCAAGUAAACUACACCUUCAGAGCUUUCGUAGCAUCUACAUCAUUGUUGGAGCAGCUUCAAUUCUAGCCCUCAUCUUAUUCGUAUUCUCUUAUGUGUAUCAAAGUAUAAAAGAAAUUAGGAAAACAUUUGGAAGAGAAGUUUUAUGGUUGACAACUAUCAUGACAUGCUACUGCUUUCAUAAAAAUGAACCACCACAACAAACUGGACAACCCCAAGGUGGUGAACUGGAGCAACAAAUUUCUGAAGGCCCUUCAGAUUCUUGUUGGAUUGAACUCAGAGAGUAAAAAUAGUUGAUUAGAUGAAAGCACAUGAAGUGGAGGUUGAAUCAGCUUGAAUCACAUCAGUAUAGAUGUCAUUGCCAUGACAGGAAUUUCCAGUUCCCAAAAGGCUAUAAUCUUAUUCGAAUAUUUCAAAGCAUAUUUUUUUUGGGCUAUGUCGAAUAAAAUUUUCCUUUUUCUUGUAGCUGUUUCUUGUUUGUAAGGUUUCUACUGAUGGUAAUGCUGAAGGUAGAUCCAAGCUUUAGUAUUUGCUCUUAUUCUCUACUAGUGGCAAUGCAGGAGGUUGAGAAUAAAGGUUUUAUUGUAUUUUCUAUUAUUUCGUCUAGGUAUGCCUGGACGUUAAUCUUGUACAUCUGAUUCUUUAAUUUCUGUAAUAUAAUUUUUGUUAAUAUUUAAUGAAAAAAAUUGCUCAGAAAAGAGGAAACACAUUGAAGUUCUCAUUGAGUCUAAUGGAAAAAUAAAGAAAUGAAGUUUCUCUCUUUU